AUGAGAAAAAAAUGCCUAUUUUGUUUUACAGUUAUUAUAGCUUAUUUAAUAACAUUAAACUAUUCUUUAACUUGUUAUAAUGGAUAUACACUUUUACGAGGACGUAAUAUUGGAGAGGAAACAGAAGAUUGUUCAGGAUCAAUGGCAUAUUGUUAUAAUUUCACUGCAGAAGCAGGAACCUUUUUAAAUGUAAUGAAAGCUGGUUGCAGUACAUUUCGUUGUCUGUUAGCAAGAAAUAAAUGUAUUGAUACAGAAUUUCAAAAUGUACCAGUCAAAUUUUGUUGCUGUAAUGAAGAUCGAUGUAAUGGUGAGGGGCAAUGA